UUAUAUUCAUUGAAAAUCUUUUUUGGGCGCUUAGUUUACACUAUUUGGCAUUAAUAAGGCCUUUUGUCUGAUUGAAAAAACAUUUAAAAAUACACGAAAUUACCAUAUGAAACCCCAAUAGUUGGAUCGUACGCUCAAUUUUGUCCAUGACUGCAUAUCAUAAGAUAUUCUACGUUCACCUCAUUUUUAUUUUUCGUAGAUUUUUACUUUUCCGCAAACUUUGUUUGUAUGGAAAAGUAUUGGUUUUACUAGCCAAAAUUUCAUGACAUCUCCUCUUUCGGAACACUAUAACGUCACGUCAGAUUUCAAAAAGCACAUAUCUGGGCACAUACACUAGGCAAUGUAGAUGGGACUAAAUUCUAUCGAUCAAGACCUAUCUGCCUCCAAAAAUACGUUAUUUACUAUGAAAAAUGUGUAAAAUAGCGAUGUUCGUAUGGCGUCGUCCGCGUCCGCGUUCGCGUUCGCGUUUUUUGUUCACCGAUUAUCUCAAAAACUUGACAAGAUAAUUGAGAUCUGUAAAAGCCAAAAGUUUUGGCAUGUCAAGACAAAGCUUCGGAUUGAUUUUGAGCACAUUCUGAUUUACCAAUUUCGUACCAUAAGCCUCCGACUGAGGACCUGAAAAACCUUGAAAAAUGACACUUUUGUACGGGAGGUACCCGAAAAAAGCAUUUUUCAGGGUUUCGAUCAAGACAAACUGCCAUUUUUUUGCAAAAAUAAUGGGAGUAUGUGAAUAACCGAACACCAUAAAUUUGGUCUGAAAUCAACAUUUCUUGAAAUUUUUGAAAUUUUGUUCAGAAAUGACACUUUUGUAUGGAAAAUGGUCGAAAUAGUUAUAUUUUAAGGUCAAAAAUGCUAUGAAAAAAGGGUCCAUUGAAAUUUUGGUUAAACAUUAAGCGUGAGGUAAACUAAAUUGCUGCGGAGCGGAAAAGUUUGGAUUACGUAUGUAAUUCGUUUUAUUUAUUUUAAUGCGUCAAUCGGUGUGUCGAUGUUGUGAAAUUCAGUCCAGCGGCAAAUACAAGAAUGCACAUUCAGACAUACAUACAUUGACAUUUCAAUGUGUAUGUUCAAUGACAAAACUUCAUGCCUGUCAAAUUAUACAUAUAUAUAUAUAUAAUCAUUUGCAUUAUCAAGUAAAUGAAAAGUUUCGAUCACUGUUUGUGGGAGCAUUUUUUUUUCAAAUAUAAUGGGCACCAAAGAAAACUUGAAGCAGCGGCUUGCGGAAACAUCGGUAUGUGUGACUAUACAAUUGAGGCCAUUUGCGAGCAGUGGAUGGUGGUUAAGUCACCUUUUGUUUGCCGCAUACUUAGUAAAUUGUUGGAAGUUUGAGCGGUCUGUUACAAUUGAGUAUAAAUGUUCCACGAUAGUGGUUUUUGGCAUGGUGCUGCAAACUUAUAUCCUUCGGCAUGCGCCGAAAAUUAGACUUCAGAAAUUUGUGUGGAUACUUCAAGCGAUUCCUUCUGUGUUUGUAUCAAUACUGCUCAUAUCUCUCCUUUAUCAGGGCAUCCUAUUUGGCGUAUUUAUUGGAUUCAUAACACUAUUCACAUAUCAUACACUUUUCAAUUUCGUUUUACGAGAAAUGCCGAAUUCUUUUACCUACGGUGAAGCAGCAAUUAUUGCACAGGGCCUUGUUGUUUUUUUGAUGAAUUUCUACAUAAAACUAAAUCAGAAAACGAACGAGCACACAUCAGAGAUGAAGCAAUUAACUAUAAUUUUGCAGAUUGGUUUGGCUGGCGUAGCACUCUUGGCCUGUUGCUGCUACUUUGUAAAAUUUUUGCGUGGUCUGGCAUUCUACGCACUUCUAACGGUUCUUACUAUAGUCAUUAUACUAUUUCCAAUUGAUGAUCAGAUGGCCAUUGUAAUUUUAAUAGAGUUUCUUAUAAAGGAUCUACAAAAGGUUGCAAUGAUUGCUUUAUACGUUGGUUUGAUUGGAAUGACAAUCACGACCGUUGCAUGGCAAAUGAAUCGCCAUAAACGAAGUAAUACACGAACACGAAAAAUUUUCCAUGUUUUGAUUGUACUUGUAUUCGUUCCGGGCAUAGUCUAUCAGUGUGCAUUCAUAUAUGUUUCCUCGGGAAUUGCACUUGCAUUGUUAAUUGUAUUAGAGACGAUGCGAAUCAUUCAACUAUCACCCGUUUAUAACGUUCUCGACAAUUCUGUAAAGUGUUUUAUCGAUGAAAAGGACGCCGGCCUUGUAGCGUUAACGCCCAUCUAUUUACUCAUGGGAUGUUCCCUACCAUUGUGGUUGCAUCCGUGCCCUUGCGAUUUAACUGACUCAGCCGGUUUUGAACUUCUGCCUCUAAUGGCUGGCGUUAUUUCAGUUGGUAUCGGCGAUACAGCUGCAAGCAUUGUGGGAUCAAAAUUCGGUACACAUCAAUUGCCCUUUCUGUCUUCACAUUGUCAAAAGACUGCCGAAGGAACGAUUUCCGGAAUUGUUGCACAGAGUUUAGUACUUCCGUUAUUAAUUUACUAUGGGUUAGUUCACUAUAGUGCAUUUGCUGUGUUAAAAUAUCUCAUUGCAAUUACAACCAGUUCAUUAGUUGAAACUUAUACCGAUCAAAUUGAUAAUCUAGUCUUACCAUUGAUUACAUUCAUUUUGUUAUCCAUUUAAAUAAUUUUAGAAGAAUAAAUAUUACGAAAGAAAAAACGUUUACUAUUUCCACAAA